AUGUCGCUCGACGACCAACCCAACCCCCUCGCCGAGUCCGGCGUGACAAUGCGGUCCGACAGCGAGCAGUACUCGCCCGGCGACGAGCUGUCCACCUCACCCGGCUCGACCUCAAGCUCGCCCGUUAUCCUCUACAAGCCCCCGACGAUAUGGUCGCUGCUGCGCGGCACCGCCAUCAACAUCCUGCUGCCCUUCAUCAACGGCAUGAUGCUCGGCUUCGGCGAGUUGUUCGCCCACGAGGCGGCGUUUCGCCUAGGAUGGGGAGGCACCAAGGUCUUUCCCCUCACGCGGAGAAGAGCACACCCGAUCGGACCGGGCGUCGAGGCCCGCGAGAAGCGAGGGGUGCCCGGUGUCUCGCUGUCUGAUGUUUCGAGCUUGGAGUGA